AUGGCUAAUGAUAUUAAAGCCCAACAAAAUGAGCCUAAAAUGGAAAUGGCUAAUGAUAUCAAAGGCGAACAAAAUGAGCCUAAAAUAACAAGCAUAAUUACCGAUAAUUCAAUUACUAAUUCGAAUGAUUCAUUGAAAUUUGAAACAUUCCGUCAAAUUGAGCUUCCAGCAGUUAAACCGGAUUCCGAUGGAAUUUGUCAUUAUUCAAUCAUUGUGGAAUUUGAAGCACCAAAAGAAUUACUUUUUUCAAAUAAGCCAAAACAUAUUGGCUUACAACUUGAAGCAAUCCUGGAAUGUUGA